UAAGUAACGCAUGCGCUUGCCGAACAAUACUGUUCAAUGUAGAAGAUUUUGUUUGUUUUGAUCGCUUUAUCCGCACAGUUAUGGAUCAGCUACCAAAUGAGAUAUUGGAAACCAUUUUCUACAACCUGUCGCUGGAAGAUCGCAAACGAGCUUCCGAGGUUUGCCGUCGCUGGUCCAGUGUAGUGCUAAGUCGAAACCGUCUGAACGAUGUGCUGCUUAAGGUAUUCUACCAAGAUCGCUCGAAAGAUGAUUACGCUCAAGUGUUAAGCCUUAGCGAGCGAGCCUACAAACGGGUAGCGAUCAAACUCAGCGAUGCCACCAAGGAUGUGGUCCUCGAAGUCCUACACAAAUGCGGUAACUCACUUGAAUGGCUUCUGGUGGAAGGAAUCGAUGACGAUAGCGCAAAACAAAUCUCCAGCGACGAAUUUGUGACAACAUUCUGUAGAUGUGUUCUUUCGAUGAGUUCGCUGAAAGAGCUCCGAUUGGUAGGCCUCAACAUCAAAUUCAGGAGAUUCGAAGACAUAAUUUUACCAGAAAUGUCACAUUUGAGCCAACUGGAGACGCUUUACUUGGACGACGGUUCGAUGGAAUUCGGUUGUUUCGAUUGGAAUCAAAUAGCUCCAAACGUGAAGUGUUUAUAUUUCCCGCACAAUGAAAAUGCGAUCAAGUUUUACGAGAUGUUGAGCUUUUAUAGCAAUCGCUUAGAAAAAAUAGGACUCACGACGGAUCACCCGGAUAAGUAUUUCAACGAACUAGCUGAGGAAGUAACGUUUCCCAAAGUUCACUCGUUGAGCUUACUUUGCUAUAGAUUACCUCGCUUUGGGCAUGCAACCCAAUUUUUCCAGCGAUUCAACAAUCUAACCAGCCUAACCGUUGGUUUUGCUAUAUCAUCGGAAACCUUAAACCUUAUCGUUAGUAAAUUUCCUUCAUUGGAACAUGUUCAGCUUUACGAAACUCUACCGGAAGACGUCUUCAUAUCGCUGAGUCGUCUUCCAAAGCUAAGACAUCUAACGCUGAAAGCUAUCGGUUACGAUUACUGGCAAAUGUCGCCGAAUCAUGUCCUACCAAGCUUGCAACAACUUACAAUACACCUCAUGGAAUGGGAAAAUGUAGGCAACUUCUAUCGGGUCCUUUCACAAAUAGCACCAAAACUAGAAUGCUACGAAUUCAUUGCUGGCGAUGGAGAAGCCCAUAUGCCCCACAUCUGCCAACAUCUGGUCAAUAUCAAACGGUUAGCUUUCGACGGCUGGGAUGGUGACUUGGAGCACAGCAACUUCAUCAAGCUAUACCGUCUGUCGAAAUUAACCGACCUUCGCCUGAACAGUUACUGGGACACGUUCUACUGGAGCAAAAUACCACGCACUACAAGCGUCCGACGUCUCUUCAUCUCCUGGGACCAACGGGUCCACAUUCCCGAUCCGGCCCGGGAGGAACGAGAGUGGCGCCAGAUGAUAAAAUGUUUGCCCUCGCUCGAACUGCUACAGAUUGCCACCGGACUGACCGAAACGGCCGAGCAACAGCGUAAGCUGGAGGAACUGCUGGCACCAUCAGGAUGUCGGGUCGAGUUCAACGGCGUUAACAUCCGCCGCGGUCAGAUUUUUCAACCGGGAGUGACCGAUUGCAAUCGGCAAGCCGAAACGUGGCUGAUGAGGCCAUGAUAAUAUAUUUUAACAAUAAGAAUGGCGAUAUUCUAUUGAGCUUGAUUUAAAAAUGAGA